GCAUUUGCUGAACAAUAGUUCCGAAAUCGAGAUAUCCAAUGGAAAACAUUAGUGCAUUUCAUAAACUGUUAUUGUGGAUUUGACUGUAAAGAUUUACUGUAUUUAAUUACAUCGAUUAGUUUUUUUUCGUAUACUCAUACGUGCCCACCUAACCAAGGGGGUGCUCUUUGAAAUAUAUUAUUUGUUUUCUGGGUGCAGCGUGUUAAAGGAAUGCGAGGUUUUAUCGACUGCCACUGUCACAUCUCAGCAAAAGAAUUUGACAAAGAUAUUGAAGAUGUUAUAGGAAAAGCGAAAGAGGCUGGGCUGUUAGCAUUGGUUGCGGUAGCUGAGCACUGUGGAGAAUUUGAACGAAUAAUCGAAUUGUCAAACAGAUUCCCAGGUUUUGUAUUGCCCUGUCUUGGGGUCCACCCGGUGCAGGGCAUCCCACCACAAGAGCAGCGUGGGGUCACUAUGCGGGAUUUAGAUGCUGCAGUGCCACUGAUAGAGAACUAUAAAGACCAACUCCUGGCUAUUGGAGAGGUCGGACUAGACUUCUCUCCUCGGUUUGCCAGCACAGAUACACAAAGAGAAGAACAGCGGCUGGUCUUAAUUCGCCAGGUUGAAAUCGCAAAAAGGCUUGACUUGCCUCUAAAUGUGCAUUCAAGGUCUGCUGGAAGACCCACUAUUAAUCUCUUAAAGGAGCAAGAAGUUGAGAAGGUUCUGCUUCAUGCCUUCGAUGGCAAGCCAUCGGUAGCCUUGGAGGGUGUGAAGGCUGGCUAUUUCUUUUCAAUCCCCCCCUCUAUUGUAAGGAGUGGACAGAAGCAAAAGCUAGUGAAACAACUGCCUUUGGAGUUCAUGUGCCUGGAAACAGACUCUCCCGCAUUGGGACCAGAAAAGCAGGUGAGAAAUGAACCAAGGAAUAUUUUGGUCUCUGCUGAAUACAUUGCAAAUGUGAAAGGGGUCUCGGUGGAGAAAGUUAUGGAAGUGACAACACAGAAUGCACUGAAGCUCUUUCCAAAACUGCAGAAGUUUCUUCGGGUGUGACUGAUCAACUGUCACUCAUAAAUAUUAUUUUGUGUGUAUAUUGAAACUGGAUGGACUUCUGUAAUAAAACACCUGUAAAUCUU